AAGUAUACGGAAAUUCCUAGCAUUCACAAGGGCGCACAACCCACCCACAAAACUGAAAAAACCUUGUUCGCUAUCACACUUCAGAUCGAUAAGAGAUUAUUUAUUCGAUAGUUAUUAUUUUUUUUUGGGUUUUGAGUUAAAGAAAUUCUAGAGGUUCAACCACAAAAUGGACGACAUACAGCCGUUCAACAAGACGGAGUUCCUGGAGGGCUACCUGACGAAGCACAAGGAGCUGGGGAAGCGACAGCGCGAGUACAAGAAGAUCCUCUCGGGAAAGUUGAAGUCGCGUAAGGAGACGAUCAUCGAGGCGAGCUAUGAGAAUGCCAUCGAUCAGCUGGAGGACGAGAAGAACGAUCUGAGGGCCCAGAUCUGGGUGGCCAGCGGGACAACGCACCAGAAGAACAACCAGCGGUACUUGGAGCUCAUCCGCUGCCAUGUGGACUGCCAGGAGAACCUCGCGCAGGACCUGAGCACACUCAAGACCUCCAUCACGAAUAUGGAGCGCGAGAUAAGUCGCGUCAGCAAGCAGAUCUACAACCUGAACCGCAUCACGGUCCCCGACAAUCAGCACCAGGCUCAUGUGGGGCGCGUGCGCAAGAAGAUGACCAUUUUGGAGAACUCCCUGGAGGUGGGGGUGCGCCAGGAGUGCGGCUUCACGGCGGCCAAUGCCGAGCUAAGGGAGCAGCUCAUCCGCAUCCUCAACCACCGCACGUUCUUCAACGAUUCCUACACGAAGAUGGUCCAGAAACUGAACAGCGACAAGAAGUAUCUGAUAGAUCUCAUCGAGUACGCACUGAACACGUUCGAUGGGUGCAUCGAUGUCUACGAGAAGAUCGACAACAUCGCCAAGCGGGAGGCCAAGGAACGGGAGGUGCGACGCGUCGAGAUGCAGGGCAUCAUGCGGCGGGUGGCCGCCGAUGGGGACAACUCGGCCUUCCUGGAGUGCAAGGCCAAGCCACGAGAGCUGGCGGACCUCCAGCCAAAGGAGUACCGCCGACGGGACGAGUUCCGGCGGCUGCACAACAAGAAGAUCAAUCUGUACAACUCGGUGCUGCAGAAGAUCCUCGACUACACGGACUCCAAUAACGUGGAGGAGGUGAUCCAGAAGUUCCAGCAGCAGGAGAGCCUCUACUACUCGUUCUUCAACUACGCCAACGAGAUGUCCUACCACAUCACGCUGCUGAACAACUCUGUGAACCGCCUCUUCGAGGACAUUAUCGCCCUCAAGCGGGAAAACUCCAGCAGCCUGCAGGAUCAGCUUGAUCAGAUCUCCUCCCUCGAGAUGCAGGUCAGCCGCAAACAGGAAUCCAACAUGCAGCUGCACAAGGCCCGCGAGAGCAACGAUGCCCGACUGGAGAACCUGCUCCAGGGUCUCGAGACCGUCUGCGAGAUGUGCUCCAUCGAUGCGUCACCGCUGGCCCUCCUCCUCGGCGACCACACCCACGUCAAUCUGGUCAACUUCAGUCGCUUCUGCAAGCUGCUCGAGAUGCGCGUCCAGGAGCUCACCGCCAGCGUCUACGUGAUGGAGCGCCAGGACGAGGGCCGUUUCGACUAUGUGGUGAAGCAGAUCGAGAAGAUCUGCGAGCUGCCCACCGAUCUCAACGACAUAGUGCUCACCCAGCAGUGUCCGGAGUGCGCCGAGGGCGAGGCCUUCAACAUGGACGACGGCGGCGACGGCGUCCUCAUCCACACCGUCACCGAGGCCAAGAAGAAACUCUACGAGAAGGUCACCCAGCCGGAGAUGCAGUACCGCCUGCACAGUAUCAGCCAGUGCCGUCUGCCACGCUCACGCCUCCUGGCCGCCAAGAGGAAUAUGUAGAUUAUCAGUUCCUCUUCGUAUCUGUUUGGUUUUAAAUAUAAUACGAGCAUUGGCAACAUUA